GCGUAGGUAGGCGGACUGGCUCCGUUACUGGUGACGAUGCCGGCGCUCUCCUGACCCCUGAGCGGAUGGGAAAACAACAACAACGAUAAGAAUCACAUGACACCAGCCUGACUUAUGUUUGUUCUCUGCAAGAACAAAUGUCGAAUGUGUGAAGUGGAUUUGAGCUCCGAGGAGUUUUGAACUGGUUUGAGGAGCCGAGAAGAAAAUAAAAAGAACAACAACAACAACAAAGACCAUGACAGUUAAAUGAUCCCAGUGGGACUUUUUUUCUUUUUUCUGCAAGAGCAAAUGUGGCUUAUUUGAAGUGGAUUUGAGCUCCGAGGAGAUCUGAACUGGUUUGGAAUCGAAAAUAAAAGAAAAAACAACAACAACAAACUCAUGCUAGUUAAAUGAUACCAGGGUGAUUUUUUCCCUUUCUGUAAGAGCGAAUGUGGAUUAUUUGAAGUGGAUUUGAGCUCCGAGGAGAUCUGAACUGGUUCGAGGAUCCAAGAGAAGAAAAUAAAAAUAAAAAACAACAACAACAAUCACAUGAUAUUUUAAAAUGGUACCAGUGUGAAUGUAAGCGAGUGAUUAUUUCUCUCUCUCAUGAACACGUGUGUGUUGUGUGAAGUGGUUUUGAGCCCCGAGGAGAUCUGAACUGGUUCGAGGAGCCGAGAGAAGGAAAGGAAACCAGAAGCAGCUUCUCUGCUGACGCCGCUCUCGGCCAAAUACCAAGCCGCUUCUCGGAUUACCGCUGGCUCCGCCCCCUCGGCACACAGCUUAAGCCAGUGGUGAGGCUGCUAUCCGGAGCGGGGGCGUUGCUUUCAGGCUUAGCCGCCCGGUUGCCUAGGGAACCGGGCGGCAGAAGGGAUUGGGGGAGGAGAAGUGGGAGGAAGAGGGGAGGGGGGAGAAAGAAAAAAAGAAAAGCGUUUCCAGGUCAGCUCAGAAAACAUGGAGAGAGGAGCAAAGAGACAAAGAGGAGGAGGCGACGGCGUGGCGGCCGCCGGGAGGCAGUGGGGGGAGGCGGAGGUGCUGGCUCUGGUGGCGGCGUGGGACGAGGCGGCGGGCGCCGGCGCCAGCAGAGCGGCAUUCGAGUCGAUCUCGGAGCGCCUGAGGAGGCUCAGCGUGGCGCGCGGCUGGUGGGAGUGUCGGGCAAAGUGCAGGAGCCUGGGCCUCCAGAGCAGGAGGCCGGACGGCCGCUACGAGGAGGAGGAGGGGGAGGAGGAGGAGGGCAUUCAGAGAGGGGGCUACACUUCCUCCGUUCAGACCCCAGCGCAGGAAGGCAUGAAGGGCCUCCUCCACCGGGCCCUCCCGUACGCCGCCGGAGGGGGCGUGGCCGAAGAAUGCGGCCGCCACUGGACGGACGACGAGGUGCGGGCGCUGCUGUGCGUUUGGGCCGACCGCCGCGUGCGCGAGCGCCUGAAGUGCACGCUGCGCAACAAGUCCAUCUUCCAGGAGAUGGCGCGCCAGAUGCAGACGACCUUCGGGGUCGUGCGCAACUGGAAACAAUGUCGCACCAAGUACAAGAACCUGAAGUACGACUACAAGACCGCCAAGAGCGCGCUCGGUGGCGGCGCCGGCGCCCCCGGGAAGUACAUGAAGUUCUACGACGAGGUGGAGGCCAUCCUGCUGGACCGGGGGCUGGAGAACGGGACCGCGGAGAUGCAGAGGAGGCUCUACGAUGGAGAGGAGGCGGGGCUAGAGGAGGCGGGGCUAGUGACGCCGGGGCUAGAGACGGCGGCCUCGGAGAGCGAGGUCAUCAUUGAAAUUGAGGACGACAACAACAGUGACGACUACGAUAUGGACGGAGACGGGGAAGCAAAAUGGAGGGGAGCCGAGGCCCAUCUCACGCUCACGGACCCCUCCGGCUCGGAGCAGUUCCACGUGGUCACGGUGUCGGACACGGGCCGGAACUGGAGCGACCACGAGGUGCGGGCGCUGAUCCAGGUGUGGUCCGACGAGCGCGUGAGCCGGCAGCUGGAGAGCUCGACCCGGAAGCGGGACAUCUUCGUCCAGAUCUCCAACCGGCUGAUGCAGCAGGGCGUGGAGCGCGACUGGAAGCAGUGCCACACCAAGUACAAGAACCUCAAGUACCUGUACCGGUCGCUGCAGAGGGGGAAGGGCGACGACGCCAACGCCGCCGACCCGAGGAGCCUCAUGAGGUUCUACGACGAGGUGGACGCCGUCAUGAACCGCGGCGCCGCCGCCAACGGCUCGCCGAGCGACGCGGAGUCGGGGAGGCUUACGACGCCGGAGGAGAACGACGGCGAUUGGAGGAACGAGGAGAGAUCAGUGGGCGGCGCCACGGUGGGCCGAACUUGUUUUCGCGAUUCCGACGUUACGUUAAAGUAUGAAGAGCCGAGGCUGCAUCCGGUCCACGAGCGACAGCACAGAUCAAUGAGCUUGUCUGAACCUGCGGUGAAGAGAGAGGAAACCUACCCGGCAACCAGGAGAAUGAAGAGAGCUGCAGAGCGAGAUCUCACGCACAAGCCGCCCGCCAAAAAGAUGGACGCCGGCUGCGAUGGCGCGGCGGCCCGGGUCAAAGAGGAGCCGGAUCACAUCCCGAUCAUGAGGAUCAAUUCAGUCCGUUCGAUCGCCCCGUCGUCCCCGGAGAGAGAGGGUCUCCGCGUGUCGCAGAACAACAUGGCCGCCGCACCAGAACUCAAUGUCGGGCAGAAGCUCAACGAGGGGAAGACCAAGCAGAUCUUCGAGCUCCCGGACCAACCCGGCCUGGUUCUGGUCCGGUCCAUGGACCAGAUCACGGCCGGCAACGCGGUGAGGAAAGACCAGCUGGAGGGCAAGGCGGCCAUCGCCAACCGGACCGCGAGCUCCGUGUUCACGCUGCUGCAGGAGGCCGGCAUCAAGUCGGCGUUCGUGAAGCAGCACUCCGACACGGCGUUUGUGGCCGCCCGCUGCGAGAUGAUUCCCAUCGAGUGGGUCUGCCGCCGCGUGGCGACCGGCUCGUUCCUCAAGAGGAACCCGGGGGUGAAGGAAGGAUACCGCUUCUCCCCCCUGAAGAUGGAGAUGUUCUUUAAAGACGACGCCAACAACGACCCCCAGUGGUCGGAGGAGCAGCUGCUGGCGGCCAAGUUCUCCCCGGCCGGGCUCGCCAUCGGCCAGUGCGAGGUGGACGUGAUGAACCACAGCACCGUGGCCAUAUUCGAGAUCCUGGAGAAGUCCUGGGCCACCCAGAACUGCACCCUGGUGGACAUGAAGAUUGAGUUUGGGGUGAACGCGACGACUCGAGAGAUCGUCCUCGCCGACGUGAUCGACAACGACUCGUGGCGGCUGUGGCCGGCCGGAGAUCGGAGCCAGCAGAAGGACAAGCAGGUGUACCGCGACCUUAAGGAAGUGACCCCCGAGGCCUUGCAGACGGUCAAGAGGAACUUCGAGUGGGUCUCUGAGCGGGUCAAGCUGCUGCUGGAGCGCCCGGCCAGCGGCAGGGUGGUGGUCUUGAUGGGCUCCACCUCGGACCUGUCUCACUGUGAAAAGAUCCGCAAGGCCUGCUCCUCCUACGGGGUCCCCUGCAUCCUGAGGGUCACCUCGGCUCACAAGGGCCCGGACGAGACGCUCCGCAUCAAAGCCCAAUACGAAGGCGACGGCGUGCCCACGGUGUUUGUGGCCGUGGCCGGCAGGAGCAACGGCCUCGGCCCGGUGAUGUCCGGGAACACGGCGUACCCCGUCAUCAACUGCCCGCCUCUCACGCCGGACUGGGGGGCGCAGGACGUCUGGUCCUCCCUGCGCAUGCCGAGCGGUCUCGGCUGCUCAACCAUCCUGUCCCCCGAGGCCGCGGCUCAGUUCGCGGCGCAGAUCUUCGGGCUGACCGACCACCUGGUCUGGUCCCGGCUCAGGGCCUCCAUGCUCAACACCUGGGUGGCCCUCAAGCUGGCGGACCAGAAGCUGCAGGCCUGCAGCCUCUGAGGCUCCGGGGCCACAGUGGAGCUUCUUUUGUUUUUUUACAUUUUGUUUACCAUUUAAAAAGAAUCGAGUACUUUUCCUCACGCACAAAUCAGUCCAUUAAAAAUAGUUACUAAUUAACAUC